UUUAAAUAUUUUUUGAAGAUGCCUAAUGCGUAUACAGUGAUUCUUGCUCUACUGAGCAUCGGAAGUGUUGCUCUAGGCAACAACCUUGAAAAUAAUUUGAAAGAAGCUGCCAUAGAAGCUAAAAUCCUUAUCAAUAAGGUCGACAUACAAUUUUUUCUUGAAAUAGCUGAAGCAGUUGAGUCAAAUAAAAUUGCACCUGAAGAGGACAUUGAAAAGUGGCACGGAUAUGCUUCCGAGUUAAGAUCUUGGAAUGUCACAAUCGAGGAGGAUUAUCUUAUACCGCUAAGAAGGAUUGUGUCUCAUAUCCCAGUGCCCCAACUUUCAAGCACUAUAAAUACAUAUUUGAAUGGUGGAUACUCAAAGUUUGAGUCGGAUAUGCUUGAACGUAGUGAUCAACAAUAUACGUCUUUUAAAAUUAGGGCAACUAAUAUUAUAAAUGACGCAAAAAAUGCAGGCUAUACCAAUGAAAUCCUAAAUAACAAAUUAAAUGCUUUUCGUUAUUCAAGAAACCACUACGCACUAGAAUCCAAUUUUAAUGUUCUUCUCUCUUAUCUAAAUGGUUUGAAUCUAAAUUAAACUUCAGAAAAUAAAAAUUAAUUUGAGUUGCGAUACGCGAUACGAUAAUA